UUUUUUUUUUUUUUUUUUUUUUUUUUUUUUUUUUUUUUUUUUUUCAGACAAUGGGAGGGAUAAGAGGAGCAGGGGGAAUGAAUGGGGUGAACGACGAGGAUGAGGACGCGUAUGGAGGGGCAGGGGGGGUCGCUGGGUCCAGAGGUGGUGCUGCUGCUGGCAGGUCGUUUGGGGGAGGCAUGGGUGCUGCUGCUGCUGCUGCUGUUGGUAGGGAAACUGGGGUAGGAGGGGUGGCAGGUGGGCUGGGAGGUGGGCUGGGAGAAGGGCCGGGAGAAGAGAUGGAUGUAGAUGGCGAUGACGAUAUGGGCAUGGCCACCAACGCUGAAGGGGGCUCAUUCGGUGGAGGUGGAAUGGGUGCCGGUGGGGGUGGGCUCCCUGCAAGAGGGAGAAGCAGGCUAGGCGCCACAAGUACUGGAUUUGGGGGCAUGGGAGGCAUGGGAGGCACAGGAGGAGCAGGAGCAGGAGGGUUGUUUGGAGGGAGGGCAGGGCAGCAGCAGCAAGGACUUGGCAUGGAGGGCAAUGAUGACUACGCUGCCGCUGUAGCCGCAGCUUUGGCAGCACCAAUGGCUUUGGCACCGGCACCACAAGCAGCAGCAGGCUUGGUAAGGUCACCGGAGCAGCAGCAGCAACAGACCCUUAUGGCGAGGACGAGGGCUCAAGCGGAGCGACAUCAGGGGGUGCCACGUCCGGCAUGGGAGGCAUGGAGAAUGUGGAUGAUUUGGAUGGCCGUGGUUGGAUCCAAGGCAGGGAAGGGCGAGGCGGGGAGCAGCUCUUCUUUCUCCUCUGGCAGUGGUGGUGGUGGCCUGUUUGGCUUUGUCUCUCGCAUGUUCGGUGACGCCCCUCCGUAGGACUAGUCCCAUGGGCUCUAACUCGUGCAUUGGGACUUAUAAGCAUUAUUCGAUUAUA